UUUUGUAAACACUUUUUUUUUUCACUGAAAAACCAUCAACAUCAACCAUCAACCAUCAACCAUCAAUCUAUACACUAGAAUUAAAGAACACACAACAAUAUGGGUAAGAGAAAGUCAUCGGCCAAGCCACAGAAGAAGAUCAAACAAGUGUUGGACACCACCUUCACCUGUCUCUUUUGUAAUCAUGAAAAAUCAGUCAUUUGUACCUUGGAUAAAAAGAAUUCAUUAGGGGAAUUACAUUGUAAAGUAUGUGGACAAUCCUUUCAAACCACGAUAAAUUCCUUAUCUCAACCAGUUGAUAUUUAUUCAGAUUGGAUUGAUGCUUGUGAGGAUUUAGCUGAAGAAGCUGGAGGUGAUGAUGAUGGUCAAGAGUAUAGUGAUGAUGAUGAUGAUGAUGUGAAUGAUUCUCAUAGACCUCAAACUGGUGGAGAUGGAAGUGAUGAAGAAGAAGAAGAUGAAGAUUUUGAAUAGAUGGUUCUUAUGUUUCAAAUCUACUGGUUGGGUUGGGUUAAGUUAAGUUAGGUUCUUCUUCUUCUUGUAUUCUUUCUUUUUUAAAAAAAUGCCAUGGCAUAGCAUAGCAGCAUAAUAUAGCACGUUAUAAACAUAAAUCUUCUUGUAAUAUACAAAA